GUGCUCGCUGUAAAAAUCAAAAUAAAGCAGACGGAAAUGGCUAACGAAGUGGGAGAUUUGAUUGUAAAAUGGAGCGGCCAGGAGUAUUGUAUUGUUGGUUUAUUAGAAUCAGACACAAUUUCAGACUUAAAAGCAGCUAUUUACAAGCAGACCAAUGUUUUACCUGAACGACAGAAAUUGUUAGGCCUGAAAGUAAAAGGUAAAUUACCAGAUAAAGAAAUACAGUUAUCAAGUUUACAACUGAAACCUAAAACAAAACUUAUGAUGAUGGGAACAAGAGAAGAAGAAUUGGCCAAAGUAGCUGAACCACCAGAAGAUAUGCCAGAAGUUGUCAAUGAUUUUGAUAUUGAGGAAGAUGAAAUAGCCAUAGAAAACAGAGAAGAGUUUCUAGCUAAGAUUGAGAAAAGAAUCAAAGAUUAUGAAAUCAAAAUAUUAAAUGAACCAAGAGAAGGGAAGAAAUUAUUAGUAUUAGAUAUUGAUUAUACUUUAUUUGAUCACAGAUCUGUAGCUGAAACACCUAAUGAAUUAAUGAGACCGUAUCUACAUGAGUUUUUAACCACAGCUUAUCAAUAUUAUGAUAUAGUCAUAUGGUCUGCUACUGGUAUGAAGUGGAUUGAAACUAAGAUGAAUGGUUUAGGUGUCAGUAAACACAGUGAUUAUAAAAUCGCCUUUUAUUUAGAUAGUGAUGCUAUGAUAUCUGUACAUACGCCCAAAUAUGGUCUCAUAGAUGUGAAACCACUAGGUGUAGUAUGGGGAAAGUUUAAACAAUGGAGUGCUGCUAAUACUAUUAUGUUUGAUGAUAUUAGAAGAAAUUUUAUAAUGAACCCACAGACAGGAUUACGGAUUAAAGCUUUUAGAAAAGCUCAUUUUAAUCGUGAAAAAGACACAGAACUUUUAAAACUGAGUAAAUAUUUAGAAGAUAUAGCCUCAGAAGAUGAUUUCACUAAACUUAAUCACAAAGAAUGGGACAGGUAUAGACCCAAGAAGAUGAAGUCCAGUUCUUCUACCCAAGAUUCCUGAUAGAAUAUACUUGUCAUGUAUUAAUACCAUCUCUACACAAGAAUAUAUUCAUCAUACCAUCUCUAGGAUGUAUUGAUAAUACGUAACUCAUUCGUUAGCUGUCACAAAUUUUCAAAGAAGCCACUCAAUGCUGUUUUUAAUAUGGCCUUGCCAAUGAACAAAGGUUGAAAUGACACAAAAGAAGUAUUGUAAUAAAUGGAAUAAUACCUCGUGCAAUACUGAAAAUAUUCGUUCAAAUUAUGCUUUGGUUUUUCUUAAUCCAUGAUUUCUAUAUCGUGUAAAAAAGAUGCCUACAUUACAAAUGAGGCAGACAUGAUUUGUCUACUCUCCCUUCCAGAAGAUCUCUACUGCGCACUUCAUUUGGACUCUUCCACACUCAGAAGUUAUUCCGUCUCUUCCAGUCCUUACCUAGAAAAGACAGAAAACCAAAUGGCGGAAUACCGCAACUUUAGAUAUCAUUGACGUAUAUGACGUCAAUGGUAGAUAAACUUAUCUGGAAGAGCUUCUACUGCUUCUGGAAGUGACAAAUGGAGUUGGUCUACUAUGUGGUAGUAAGUUGUAUGAGAGCUACAUGGGCAAUAAACUGUGAGGCAGCAAAUAUAUUUAAAGUAUUACAUGUAUGAGGCUAGAGUAAUGGGGACUAUAUAAUCACUCUGUAAUUGGAAAGACAUUUCUGAUUCAUCUGCACUGAAAAAACUCUUAGCACUGGGGCCGGUCUAAACUACUACUCCUUGUAGCGCCCCAAACUGCCACAGUCACAUAAAUAGCUCUAGAUUUGUUUGAGCCAGUCCUGGGAGGAGUAAUUUUAACCCUUAAGCAUUGGGACCAGUCAGAACUACUACUGUACCGGGUAGCGCCCUGAACGGCCCCAAUCAGAUAAAUAGCUCUGGCUGUAUACUAGUUCUGCUUGUCUGCGAUAUCACCUUGGUGGAAGCGGACGUUAGAUAAAGCUAUUUCACACAUACUAGUUCUGUAACUUGGGCUGUUUGAUGCGUUGUAGGUAGAAGUAAUUUUGACCUGUUUCGAAAAUGGUCAAUUAAACUUACCGGUAAAUGUAACUAAUACCACAUGUUAAAUGUUUAAACUAUUGUAAUUGGAUGUAACUGUGUUAUCGGAGAUUUGUUCUUACUUAAUCCGGCCAUGUUGUAAUAUAUUGUAAGUAUUAUUCUACGCAUGCCCUUAUAAAAGAUGUGUGAAUGUUAAGGAAAGGUGUUAACACAUUGACUGGUCUCUGCCGACAUGAUAAAAAUACUGGUGAAAUGAAAUGAAAUGAAAUGGGGUUUAACUUCCUACUGUUCUGCUGCGAACUGGGCUAAUGAAGACGGGCAUGCACCAUACAGUGUGCUAUGAAGGAAAUUUUGCCGGGACAGCGGCACUACGGCCUACUCUUAUAUCAAAUUCCAACUGUCAAGGGAUCUUUUACGUGCAUGCCAAUGUAUACACGGGACCUCGGUUUUUCAUCCCAUCCAAACGACUAGACAGCUGUCCUUGUCAGGCCCACCGCUCUGCGUCACUAACAAGGGGUAAUCACGCCGAAAAAUCUGGAUGAGAGAUAGAGAGAAAUGGGGUUUAAUAUCCACUCGAUAUUGUGUUUGUGUUUGUGAAUUAUAUAUCUACCUGAUCAUUUCCAUGUGUUAAAAUUCUUACUUCAUCAGCAAAGUUGAUGCUGAAAAGUAAAAUCCCAUUUGAUUUCAUUUCCUGUUAAAAUUCUAGAUAGCGAUACUCGGUAGUUGAGAUUUGUGUAAAAUUUGCUCAAGACCAAUUAAAUUCUAUCAUGUUAAAAUUCAGUCUUUAUCAGGGGAGAAAAGUAUGAUGUCAAAUCCCAUUUCAUUUCCUAUUAGAAUUCCAGCAACAGAUGAUUAGAUUUUUAAAAAUUUGCUCCAGAGCCAAUAAUUUCCAAGCUGUUAGAAUUUUGUCUUCAUAAGCCAAGUUUGUAUAGAACAGUAACACAUUAAAUCCCACUUGAUUUCAUUCAUUAACAGAAUUCCAUCAACAGACCGUUAGGAGUUUUGUAAAAUAUCCAAAGGAGCGAAUAAUUCUGGCCAGUAGCUUAAACCAAUAGAAUUGUCAGUCAAUGUGUUAAGAAUAUAUUUUAUUUAGCUUGUGUUUUAUGUAUAUUUUGGUUGAUAUAUAAAUAUAUACAUGUAUGUUUUAUAUGAGUGGAAAUAAACACAUCUAUAAG